AUGUCGAUGGGGAAAAUUCUUGGCGAUCGCAGGUACAGGAUUGGCUGCCCUAUUGCGAAGGGUGCGUUUAGCACGGUGUACCGGUGCGUUGACUUGACCACAGGGAAAGCAUAUGCCGUGAAGGUGGUGAGUCGGGCACUGGUGGAGGCAAAUAAAAUGCAAUGUGCCGUUGUGUGCGAGAUCAACGCGAUGGAAGUGAUGCCCCGCUCAAAGUAUUUGGUGAAUCUCGUGGACAAACUUGUAUCCACGCGAAACUAUUACCUCAUCAUGGAUCUGGUGGAGGGUGGCACGUUGAGCGAUUUGAUUCGUAGUUCCCCCCUCAUGUUGUCGACGCAGUGGUGUCGUCGGAUCUUUAGGCAACUUCUCAAGGGACUCAGCGCCCUUCACGGCUCCAACAUCGUUCACUGCGACAUUAAGCCGGAAAAUUUGCUGUUGAACGAGGAACACACACAGUUGAUAAUAUCAGAUUUUGGGUUUGCGUGCUAUGCACCUCCUGGGCGUCUGCUUCACAGGGCCUGCGGAACACUGAAGUAUUGCGCUCCUGAGUUGCUGCAAUGCGACCCCAGGUACGAUGCCCGCGAGGUCGAUGUAUGGGCUGCAGGUGUAACGCUAUAUGUAAUGCUUUUCAAUACGUAUCCUUUCCAGGGGGAUGAGAAGUGUCCCGACACGCUGGUCCAGGCGGUGAUGGCGGGAAAGUACACGUUUCCACGUCCAGUGUCGCCUAGCCUCGAGCAUCUUUUUUCCGUGAUGCUGCAGCCUGUACCCGCAAAGCGCUGGUCGGUGGAAAGGCUACUCCGGCACACAUGGGUGGUGGGGGUUGAUCCUCCCGUGGCAAAGGCUUCUUCCCGCACAGCCAUUUCUUUAGGCGACAUAGUUCCCAACAAUCAUUGCUGUGGCCACGCAUCAGAGGAGUUUCUUGUGCAGUCUUCACUGGCAAAGGCAUUAGAGGAUGAUGAUUUGUGCGGUUUGUCGCGCCGCUCACGAUCCUGCCCUCUCUCUUCCAGGAAGUUGAGUGGUGACGAGGUGCUUGGCCACACGGGCCUCAAGGGCGAAGUGAAUGGUGGUGCACCCAAAUACAUUUCUGGGAUUGGGAAUAAAAGAGGCCGAAAAGGUAAUGCCAAUAUUAGUACCAGAGCCAGUGACGCCAGCGGGGAGGGAGAAAAAUGUACAGAAUUAGGAGGAGGGGGAGGAGGACUCUCAACGGAUCUUGAUGUCGUUUCAAAUGACAGCUAUAACGACAACAAUAGCCAUAUUUUUCGUACCAUGUCAUUUGUGAUAAACAGCAGCGGUGGAUCGCCCACGUCAUUAUCUACAUCCUCCAAGGUAUCUCGGGACGGCUCCCCUGUGUCUUACACACGCGACUUCAUACUUACCUUGAAGGCCAUUGUUAACUUUUUUUUAUUUUGCACAGCGCUUGUUGUUAUCGGUGGGAUGCGUUUAUUGUUGGAUGUGGACUUCAACGACCUUCCCAUUCCUUCUUUUCUCCGCGCAAUGGUGGAGCGUCUGAUAAAACCGCCGGAGGAUGUUAUUUCGCAGCAUGUGGAGCCUCAACGUAACCGCAAUCAAACACGUGGCGAAAGACUGCGACAGAUGUUUGCUUCAGCAGAAAGGGCAAUAAGUGCUUCUAACCCACGACGCCGAGUGGUGCCGACAUGA